GAAAUAUUAUGGGCGUCGAGGCGAUACUGGAGUAUAGAGCGCAUUCGUAAAGGAAAAUAGACACUGUCACCCAUCCCAAACAGACCAGAAGGAAUCAUGGGGAGUGUGUUCUUGCCGUCGGACCUCGCCAACACAGUGCUGAGGCGUCUGCGCAGGGACAACGGCUACCUGCUAGAGGAGAUCCGCCAGGGCAACAUCCAGAGAGAGUGCAGAGAGGAGAUCUGCACCUACGAGGAAGCCAGGGAGGCCUUUGAGAACGAUGAGAAAACUCAACGGUUCUGGGAGGAGUAUGUGCGGGAGAGCAGUGGCGGGCAGCAGUUGGAGGGCAGAGUCCACUCCCUCUACCUGAUCCUCCCCUUGCUCCUGGUGCUCCUGAUCUCCGGCGUGGCCAUCACUGUGUGGCGCUGCCACUCCCGCAAGCGCUCGGAACGCAACCCCGCCCUGGGCCACUCCCACCGGGACCCCACCCUAUCGUUGGUCUCCAUGGACCAGUGGGGGCGGGACCUCCACGACCACUCAGAGCUCAGCGUCAACAGCAGCCCCGCCGACCCGGGCUCGGAGGUCACGUCGGCGAGGGGAGGCAGAGGAGACCCGCCCCCGUCUUACGAGGAGGCGGUCGGCCACACAGAUGUGCACAUAGAGACAGAGCCUCCGCCUCAGUAUGAGGACAUCAUUGGCCAUGGGAAGUGAAGUGACCCCCCCCCAUACCCUGUCUCAACCGGCCCCCAUCCAGCUAGAUCAGGGGUGUCAAACUCAUUCCAUGGAGGGCCGUCUGUCUGCUGGUGUUUGUUUUUUCUUCUCAAUUCAGACCUAGACGACCAGGUGAGGGAAGUUACUAACUAAUCAAUGACCUUAAUUCAUCAAUCAGGUACAAGGGAGGAGGGAAAACCUCAGUGGAAGGGAGGAGGGAAAACCUCAGUGGAAGGGAGGAGGGAAAACCUCAGUGGGAGGGAGGAGG